AUGGGAUUAAUUCCCCUCCAAUUCAAAAAUCCCCCGAAAUAUAUGCUAGCAUGCAUUCUCUGCUCAGCAAAUGGAAUCCUCUUCGGAAUGGAUACGGGUAUUAUCGGCCCGGUGACGGACAUGAAGGACUUCAAAAAGUCAUUUGGUAGUCAAAACUCCACGAUCCACGGCCUAAUCGUCUCAAGUAUCUUGAUUCCGGCCGCGCUGUCUUCUCUCUUCGCUGGCUAUGUCGCCGAUCGGCUUGGUCGGCCGAAGGGUAUCUGCAUCGGCGUUUUCAUCUUCGGCAUUGGAGCCGCAAUAGAAGCAGGUGCCGUCGCUCUAUCCAUGUUCAUCGUGGGCCGCGUCGUGGAAGGUCUUGGAGAAGGGCUUUUCCUUGGAAACCUUGUCGUCCUGAUUUGUGAAAUCUCACCAACUAGCACUAGAGGCGCCCUGACAACGGGCCCUCAACUGGCUAUUACCUUAGGAUUAGUCAUGGGGUACUUCAUCAGUUAUGGAACCUCGAGAAUGCACUCGACACUCUCAUGGCGCAUGCCGUUUAUUCUUCUUGCCGCGUUCUCUAUGGUCCUCUGUGGACUUUCACUUCUUUAUUUACCCGAGUCCCCUCAGUGGCUAGGACUUCAUGGUCGCUACGAAAUGGCCGAACAGGCGUGGGACAAAUUGGGCGUUAGCCGUGCAGAGCGUGAAAAGGUUGUACUACAAGUGCGGGCACAGGAAGUCGGCUCUGAUACUGAGAGGGUCAAAGACGGAACUAUGGAUAAGCUUCUUGCUAUAUUCUCCAAAGAUGUCUUAGGCCGGACUAUCCUUGCAGUGUUUUUGAUGGGCAUGCAGCAAAUGAGUGGCAUUGAUGGUGUCCUUUAUUACGCUCCACAAUUAUUUCAACAGGCCGGUCUUGCCUCAUCGGAAGCAAGUUUUCUGGCCUCGGGUGUGUCAGCGCUUGUGAUUUUCGCUGUCACUAUCCCGGGAUUAAUUUAUGCCGAUAAAUGGGGCCGCAGGAGCAGCAUUAUCUACGGCGGAGUUGUAAUGGGGAUCUUGAUGUUUCUGAUGGGCAGUCUUUAUGCUGGAAAUGCCGUCCACAAAACUACUGGCGCCGGUCGCUGGGUUGUGAUUGUGUGCAUCUACCUUUUCUCCGCUCUUUACUCCGUUACCUGGGGUAUCUCGGUCAAAGUUUAUAGCGCCGAGAUUCAGCCCCAGCGAACACGAGCAUCGGCUACCACAUUGGCUCAUUCCAGUAACUGGGUCUGUAACUUCUUAGUGGCUUUGACGACACCCGUCCUGCUUGAGAAGAGCAGCUUUGGUGCAUACUUUUUGUUCGGUGGAUGUUGUGUUAUUACCGUCGUUGUUGGCGUCAUCUUCAUGCAUGAAACAAAAGGUCGGACUUUUGGGGAGAUUGAAGAGGCCUUCAAGAGCUAUCAUGUUGGAGCAUUUUUCAAGAUGAACAUGGGCUUUAUCAGUUUGUAA